GAACGAGACGCUUUGUUUAUGUUCUUCAUUAUCAGGCAUUAAGCAACUAACGCACCGAGCUACACAAAAAAAUAAAAAGGUUGAAGUAGAACUGCAAACUAGCACUUCCUUCCCUAUUCGGAUUUUCCUUUGAUUAUCUACUACUUUGUUGAUGUGAUUUUCAUUUUUUUCUUCAACAGUGGUACUAUACGUAUACCUCUCGCUAAAACGAACUUUUACUUUUUAUCAUGACGAUUUCGGUUGUGGCCCACCCAGCCUCAUCCGCUGAGGAGGUGGACAAGAUGACAGUGGUCUCAGCUGAGGCAGAUGUGAACAAAUCAGCGCCCUGCCCCGGCUCUUCCACCGAGGCCUUUGUGCCAACACUGGACCUGUCUCCGAUGUUUAGUACAGAAGAGGCUGCUCUUCUGGAGUCGGCCGACGUGCAAAAGUUGGUGCAGAAGAUGCGACACACCAUGGAGACCGUAGGUUUUUUUCAAAUUGUUGGCCACGGGGUCGAGGAGACUAUCGUGAAGAAUAUGUUCGCGAAAAGCAAGGACUUCUUCGAUUUACCAGAGGAAUCAAAAAACGAAACCCCCAUGACACCCACCUACCCGUACGGUUACGAGGCUGCGGAGAUUCUCGCGAAAGGCUGGCAUGAAACGGAGCAAGUAGCUGACAGCAAGGAGGACGAAAUAAAGGAUACUACAAAGGAGAACUUGAACUGCCCAUCAACUGGCGACGAGAGAUCGCCCGCGUCCGUGGAUGAACUAGAAAAGCCUGCGAAAAGGACGAAGACGGAUCACGUUGAGCCACCUGCCAAGCUGCAAAAGCCGGAGCCGGACAUGAAAGAGACUUUCAAUUUCACGCUCCACAAAAGCUUCCGUCCCUUCAAGUUUCCGCGCCAAGAACUGUUCCAGCAGGGGGCUGCACAGGGUGGCAGUGCCGAGAACAACGUCCUCGAUCUCUCGUCGGAUCUUUCGUUUCAACAGGCGUGCGAGACGUACUACGAGUCGAUGUUUCUGCUGGCGAAGAAGCUGCUGCAGGUUUUUGCCAUGGCACUGGAGUUACCGGACGUGAAUUGGUUUCUCAACAAGGUGGACGAGCACCAGAGCGCGUGCCGCUUGCUGAACUACCCGCACCUAGACCAGUACCAGCCGAACAAACUGCGCGCCAGUCCGCACACGGACUACGGAAUCCUGACAAUCCUGAAACAGGACCAGACCGGGGGCCUGCAGGUCCGGAACGAGUUCACCAAGUCCUGGGUCAACGUGAAGCCCAGCGCCUGCGGCAACGCGUUCGUGGUCAACAUCGGAGACUUAAUGAUGCGGUGGACCAACGACAAGUGGAAAUCUACAGUGCAUCAAGUGGUACAAACUAGAGAAUUUUUGCAGCAUAAAAGUGCUCUUAUUUCGAAUUGAUUUCUGACAUGCCUGUGGCUGUGCUGCUUCGUCUCUUGUUCUGCGUCGAUUUAUUGCUUAUAUGUUUAUGGCAUGUCACCCACAGGUAGCACCGCCGUUAAUCCGCCCGAACGUGUCCAACCGGCGACAGAGUGUGGCGUUUUUUUUCAACGCUAACGAGGACGCGGCGAUUGAGACUUUCCCAAGUUGUCGCGAGAGUGAUGGAAGCACGAAGUACCCCAUGGUCAUUGCGGGGGAGUACCUAAUGUCAAAGCACGGAAAAGCGAACACAAACUGA